CCCAAUGAUGCACAUGACAUAUGUUUUACUCAGAGCACAAAGAUUAUUACCCAUCAGCCACCUAAGACAGGUGAGAGGCCAUUUCCAUGCUCUGAGUGUGGGAAAUGUUUUACAUACAAAUCACAGCUUGUGAAACAUGUGAGAUGUCAUACAGGUGAGACACCAUUUCCAUGCUCUGAGUAUGUGAAAUUUUUUAGACUGAAAUUAGAUCUUGUUAGACAUGAGAGAAGUCACACAGGUGAAAAGCCAUUUCCAUGCUCUGAGUGUGCAAAAUGUUUUACUCAGAAGUCGCAGCUUGUUCAACAUGCGAGAUGUCAUACAGGUGAGAGGCGAUUUACAUGUUCUGAGUGUGGGAAAUGUUUUAGUUUCAAAGUAGAUCUUGUUAGACAUGAGAGAACUCACACAGGUGAAAAGCCAUUUUCAUGCUCUGAGUGUGGGAAAUGUUUUACACGCAAAUCAUAUCUUGUUGUGCAUGAGAGACAUCAUACAGGUGAGAGACCAUUUCCAUGCUCUGAGUGUGCAAAAUGUUUUACUCAGAAGUCGCAGCUUGUUCAACAUGCGAGAUGUCAUACAGGUGAGAGGCCAUUUACAUGUUCUGAGUGUGGGAAAUGUUUUAGUUUCAAAGUAGAUCUUGUUAUACAUGAGAGAAGUCACACAGGUGAGAAGCCAUUUCCAUGCUCUGAGUGUAGAAAAUGUUUCAAAGACAAAUCACAUCUUGUUACACAUCGGAGAAGUCACACAGGUGAGAAACCGUUUCCAUGUUCUGAGUGUGGGAAAUGUUUUACUCGAAAAUCACUGCUUGUUAUACAUUUGAGAAUUCACACAGGUGAGAAACCAUUUCCAUGCUCUGAGUGUAGAAAAUGUUUCAAAGACAAAUCACAUCUUGUUACACAUCAGAGAAGUCACACAGGUGAGAAACCGUUUCCAUGUUCUGAGUGUGGGAAAUGUUUUACUAGAAAAUCACUGCUUGUUGAACAUUUGAGAAUUCACACAGGUGAGAAACCAUUUCCAUGCUCUGAGUGUGGGAAAUGUUUCACACAGAAAUCACAUCUUGUUACACAUCAGAGAUGUCACACAGCUAAGCGGCCAUUUCCAUGUUCUGAGUGUGGGAAAUGUUUUACUCGAAAAUCACUGCUUGUUGAACAUUUGAGAAUUCACACAGGUGAGAAACCAUUUCCAUGUUCUGAGUGUGGGAAAUGUUUUGCACAAAAAUCAGCUGUAAUUGAACAUAAGAGAACUCACCCUGGUGAGAAACCAUUUCCAUGUUCUGAGUGUAGAAAAUGUUUUACACACAAAUCAUAUCUUGUUAGACAUCAGAGAAUUCACAAGUGAGAGGCCAUUUCUAUUUUCUGAAUGUUGAAAAUGUUUUAUACACAAAUCACUGCUUGUUAUCAGAGAAGUCACACAGGUGAGAGGCCAUUUCCAUGCUCCGAGUGUGGGAAAUGUUUACACACAAAUCCACUCAAUAUUUUUAGAGAGGAUAUUCUAGAGUUGGCUUUCACAUAAAAGAACAAAAUACAACUUCAUUAAUAAAGGGAAUGGAAAAAUUAUAAAGAGAGUUUACAAAAAUUUGUUUAAUUUGUAUAAAAAAAGCAAACCCCAUUGAGGUGACCUAAUUAAAAUGUAUAAAUAUAUUUGAGAAAUAUACAAAGAUUUAACAAGCAUAUCACACUAUGCUCAUGUACAAUUGUACCAUUAUUUUUAUGAUUGUAUUUUGUUCUUGUUUUAAUAUUAUUUUUAUUAAUACUUUACAAACAAUAUAGUACGGGCAAUUUCUUGCAUGUUACUGGCGCUA